AUGGGUGUGAAGAGAAAGAGAGUAGAAAGAGGAAAAGAAGAAGAGGAUGAUCUAUUGAAACUGAAGCUGUGGAGUGAUACAUGGGAUGUGAAGAAGAAGCUGAACAAGAGUGACCUUGAUCAUCACCUGAGAAGAGUUAUACUGCCAGGUGAUCAGGUGAGGAAAAAUGUUCUCCCAUUCCUUUCUCAAUCCGAACUACAGGAAGUGGAAGGGAAGAAUGAAGGACUGAUGGUGCCUGUGGAUGACUUAAACACUGGAACUUACUAUUGGUUGAGUUUCAAGAAGUGGGAAAGCAACGGUUCCUACAGACUUGGGCAGCGCUGGAUUAGCGACUUCGUGGAAAAGAGAAAACUUCACAAGGACGAUGUGUUCGGCAUGUCUUGGAAUCAAUUCACCAGGGGUUUCUGUUUUUCAGUCAUUAAGAGAAGUCCGGCUUAUCCUCCGCCGGAUCCUUCUCUCUGCAAAUUUGCACGCAAACACCUUCGUCUCAGCCCACCUACACCUGAUUUGUUCAUGGAUGCAUUGGAGAGCUGCCCAAAUUAUUCAUUGAUCGAUUUUGGGUAA